UAUCUCUGAAUUAUCUGAAACCGUAAGACUCCUCAGCUAUGAUAUUCAUGAAGUUCAGGAUGGGGGUACAAGAAGUAGUAAUGCAGGAUCCGGUACAUCCAGAUCACCUCAAAAUUAUACUGGUACCAUUUUCAAACUGUGGAAAGAAAUUGAUACAUUAUUCAACGAGAAAAAACGUACUGAAAAAUGGUCCAUGGCAAGGUUGUACUCCAAGGUUACUGAGGAAAUUUGUGAGCUCGUAAUUAAGCAUAAGAAGGGUGUAGCAAUCAGUGAUGCAACCGUGUCCAAGCAGAAGGGUGAAAUAGAUAGUGAACCGGAAA